UCCCGGCAAGAACGCGCACCGGCGGCGUGAUAGUGCCGCCAUAUUUGUUUUCGGGCUUGAAAAUUACUGAGAGGUGUUUUCCGGCCGAAAUUUCUGACAUAACAUCAUGGCAGAAGGAAAUGGAGAUGCCGCAGUCAAAGAAGAACCAACAACUUCCAAUGAAAGAUCUGAAGACUUUCAAAAAUUAGUCGAGCUUGGCCUCAAUGAAAAAGUUGCUGUGAAACUUGAUGAGAUCUACAAAACAGAGAAACUUAUCCAUGCUGACCUUGAUGACCGUGCACUGGAUGCACUCAAGGAGUUUCCAGUGGAUGGAGCAUUGACUGUUCUGAAGCAGUUCAUGGACUCAAACCUGGAGCAUGUGUCCAACAAAUCUGCUUAUCUCUGCGGGGUAAUGAAGACCUAUCGACAAAAGAGCAAGGCACAAGGCCCAGCCUACCCUGCCACUCAUGGCCCAGAUGAAGACAAGAUCAAGGCGAUUCUCGAUCGCACUGGCUUUACCCUGGAUGUCACUACUGGCCAGAGGAAGUAUGGGGGUCCCCCACCAAACUGGGAGGGGAAGCAGCCAGGCUCCGGUUGUGAGGCAUUUGUUGGAAAGAUCCCCAAGGAGCUGUUUGAAGACGAGCUCAUUCCACUCUUCGAGAAGUGCGGAGAUAUCUGGGACCUCAGACUGAUGAUGGAUCCGAUGAGCGGCCAGAACAGAGGCUAUGCCUUCGUUACAUUCACCAACGAAGAAGGUGCAAGGGAGGCUGUGAAACAGCUCGACAAUUACGAGAUCAAGGGGAAGACACUCAAAGUCAAUAUCAGUGUACCCAAUCUGCGCCUUUUCGUGGGAAACAUUCCUAAAUCUAAGGGCAAAGAGGAGAUCCUGGAAGAGUUUGGCAAACACACAGAGGGCCUGGUGGAUGUCAUCAUCUACAGCUCUCCUGAUCAAGAGAAAAACCGGGGGUUCUGUUUCCUGGAGUAUGACCACAAGGCGGCCUCUCUGGCCAAACGUCGUCUGGGGAGUGGAAGAAUCAAAGGGUCUGGAAGCUGUGACGUGAUCGUUGACUGGGCUGACCCCCAGGAGGAGCCGGACAAGGAGACCAUGGCCAAGAUCAAGGACUACGCAUUCAUCCACUUCGAAGAAAGGGAGAACGCGUUGAAGGCAAUGGAGAGUCUGAACCAGUCGGAGCUGUGCGGGUCAACUAUCGAUGUGUCGCUGGCGAAGCCACCGUCUGACAAGAAGAAAAGGAAGAAAUGCUCCGGAACCGGGAGAAGAGAAUGAUGAACAUGAUGUCUCAGCGAGGGUUCCCGAUGUUUGCACCGGGCUUCGGUGGAGGCCACCGUGGCUAUGCGCGUGGUAUGGGUGGUGGCCGGCCACCGAUGGGCCGUGGAGACUACGAUGUCGAUUAUGAUUACGAUUACGACAUGUACGGAUAUGGAGAUUAUCGAGGUGGCUACAGCGAUCCAUAUUACGACGAGUACUCUAACGACGAUUAUUAUUACGAUUAUCCGGCAAGCUCUCCGGCUCCCCGUGGAAGGGGCAAACCUCCAAUGGCUGGCCGUUCCCGUGGGGUUAUGGGGCCUCGUGGGCGCGGCGGUGGCCCGGUGCCGCUUCGUGGGACUCCUAUGGCCAGGGGUACAGCAACUGGUCGUGGAAUGGCCAGGGGCAUGCGCCGUGGGGUGGGCAGAGGGGUCGCCAGGGGAGCAGGCUUACCAGGUAAGAGGAAGUUCGAUGGAGGACAUCAAAUCCAGGGGGAGUAUAAACGGCGCCAACCAAACAGCAACUGGGGAAGCAAUCCCAUACCGCAGCAGCCACUGCACAACAACGGCUACCGGGGCCGCGGCAAUCACGAGUUCUACAUGGACUCGUACGGCGAGCAUUGGUAGCGGGGCAGUGUGCUCGCGGAGUUCGUCACUUCCGCCUCGAGGUCGGCGUCAUCGGACAUCAACAGUGAGCAGCGAGCCGGCUCAGCUCAGGGUUCGUGCGACCAGAUCUCAAGCGAGUGAACGAAGUGACAACAGAAGACGGCGUCCUGGUCGGGGAGACCGGCGACCGGAAACCAAGCAUUGAGACUGUCCAUCGACAGAGUGGCCAUUCCAUCUCUAGGCCGGAUCAUCUUAAGUGAUCGCCAUUUGGUAUAAACGUCAGAACAUUUUCACUUCAAAAAGCGCUCACUGAAGCAGGCUCCUGUACUGGGUUUGUUGUUCUGAAGAAAGGAAUCCCCAUUUCUAGGUAGUGCAGUCGUGGAAACAACGGGAUUUUGGUUCUUGUUGGCGUCCAUCGCGCUUCAGCUGCGAUAUUGUUUCACGUGUGCUGUGUUGCCGUGCGCUGUCCAACCGUCAUGCAUUUGAACUGUACAUAAUGUGUAUGCGUGCUCAGUGCCCUUUACUAUACUUGUCGCUUACGUGGUGUCUUGCGGCCGCUAGCUGAUUGAUUCGAGACGUCUUUUUUGGCCUGGUUUCUCUUUCCGGACUCUGCCGCUGGCUACAGAUGCGAUUUUUACCUUUAGAACGUUAUCGACACCGAGAACUAUUUCUUUCAUAUGGGAGAGAAUACAUCGGGCACACGGUG